AUGGUGUGCCAGAUCGGAGAGCCCGAAUUACAUGAUCAAGUCGAAGAAAUUGUACAGUGUUAUAUGAGUAACCCGAUUGAAACGGGAGGGCGAAUACUACCCGUUAUUUGUUACAGGCCACAUGCAAAAUCAAAACCAAUUCGGAUACUAAUGGAUUCUGCUUCCUCUCACUCGUUUAUUACGGUAAGCGCAAGUUCAUACCUUCAUUGCCCAAUUGUAGAGAGAGAGAUUGAAUUAGCUAUUAAGUCAUUAAAAACUACGAGAGAGUGUACGGCGGACAAAGUCAGUAUCACGCUAGAUGCCCGCAAUAGGGUAAUUAAAUUUAAUGCUUUUACGACUCCGCACAUUCUCUCUCUGGAAAGUUUAGAUUUGCCGACGCAUAUAAAACAACAGUAUAAAUUGAACGAGAAAUUUCCGCGACCGCCGUGCGACGUUGAUAUCCUGGUAGGAAUAGGCGAGUACUGGCGAAUGAUUCAGCAAGUAGCGAUCCGCGUUUCAGAUACGUUCGUUUUACUAAAGACCCCAUGGGGACAUAUACCCUGUGGGACAGACUGGACUAGGGACAGUCGGGAAACAGAAGAACCGACAUGCCUAAUUACCAGUACUGAAAGAAUAGCGAAGGCAUUAGAACAACAAUGGAAACUAGAAGAAUUUCCAUUCGACAAUUCAUCGAAGGAACUCACGAGAGAUGAGAUGAGGGCGGUAGAAUUGAUCGAAAAUGUAUUAAAGUUAAAUGAAAAAACAUCAAGAUUUCAGACCGGAUUACUCUGGAGAGAGGAUCCGGAAUUAAAGAACAAUUACCAUGGAGUCAAGUCACGGCUUGAUCAAAGGGUGAAACAGCUAGAACGAAAUCCAGAACUUGGUAGAGCUUAUAAAAAAUCAAUGCAAGAGUUUUUCGAUUCAGGGGUAGUGGAAAAGGUGAGUGAUAGGCAGCCGGACAAAACAAAGGAUGUUUAUUAUCUUCCACAUAGAGCAGUUUAUGAUAUGACCCGCGUCACGACGAAGUGUCGGAUCGUGUUCGACGCAUCCGCCAAGACGGCGACGGGAAAAUCGCUUAAUAACUGUCUAUAUCCCGGUCCCCCGUUGCAGUUAAACAUUGUAGCGAUAGAGCUCAGGUUUCGGCUGAGAAAGUACGCUUUGGUGGGAGAUAUCAGCAAAAUGUUUCUCAACAUUGACGUACGCGAAGAAGAUCGUGAUUUUCUGCGUUUCCUUUGGCCCAGUAAUAAGGGUGAUGGCAACCCCCCCGAUAUCUUUAGAUUUACGACUCUCAUCUUCGGAGCAACAGACUCUCCAUUCCAAGCGCUAACGUGUUUACAAAAAAUAGUACAAAGGAAGGUGGAGUCCAACACCUGCACGAAGCUGGAAAAGAAGGUGUGCGAGAUCAUAAAGAACAACACGUACGUGGAUGACGUGACUACGGGGGGAGCCACGAGAGAAGAAACAAAGGAGUUGUACCACGGAAUAAAGAAGGUAUUACAAGCAGGCCACUUCUUCGUAAGAAAAUGGGCGACCAACGACCCCACUAUUCUAAGGAGUAUACCGGAGGAGGAAAGAGCUCCAACCGAAGCGCUUUACUCGCGCUCUCCAACAGAAGAAGAAAUCAGCGCCGAAACUUCCACACUGGGAGUGCGAUGGCAUCCAGGCAAAGAUGUUAUCGUUUUCAACCAACAUGGGCGCUUGAAAGAAGAAAACAAAAACACGAAGACGAGCGUCGCAAGUCUGUUAGCCAAACUCUAUGAUCCAUUGGGUCUAAUUUCCCCAUUUGUACUAAUCGCGAGAAAGAUAAUGAAGACAACAUUUCAAGAGAAAUUGGGCUGGAAAGACAAAUUGGAGGGAAAGAUGCUAUCCGAUUGGGAAGCUUGGGUCGAACAAAUUCAAUGUCUAGAGGAGCUCGAGUUUCCCCGAUUUGUGGAAAAUUCCCCAAGUUCGGAAUACCACAUAUUUGGGGAUGCGAGCCAAAAGACGGGAUUUGGAGCAGUGGUGUUCGUAAGAACGCCGGACACGAAGAAGAGGACAUAUACUUCAAAACUGCUAAUGGCCCGAUCAAAAAUAGCUCCCAUGAAGGAAAUAAGCGUCCCCAAUCUGGAGCUGAAAGCGGCAUUGUUAGUAAGCGAGUUGGCGACUUUCUUGAUGACGGAACUCACCAUCACGAAGGAACAAAUUCAUUGCUGGUCGGACAGCGAGGUCACACUAUGGUGGUUAACGAAAAAUCCCAACCACCUGACACCAUUCGUCGGCAAUAGAGUUGAAAAGAUACAAAAUGUGAAAUUACCCUUUCAAUACAUCUCUACUAAGGAAAACCCGGCCGACAUUGCGAGUCGGGGGUGUAACGUAGAAGGGUUAAAAGCGGAAUUGUGGUUAAAGGGUCCGAAGUUCCUUACGCUCCCUAGGGAGAAAUGGGAACUUCCGAAGGUAGAUUUCAGCAAGAUCGAUCCGAAGGAAGGAGUACGAAAACAGAAUAUCUUCACCUAUGUCUCGUUGACCCGACCGCUAAAAGGAGGUACGGAUAAACGAGUCGACCUGGACCACUAUUUCUCAUCAUAUGACCAAUUAAUGAGACACACCGCGACGCUAUAUAUGUGCGUGGAAAAAUGGAGAAGCAGUAAAGACGACCGACGGCGCAUGCAGGAAAACCCGACCCGAGCGCAUUACGCGAGGGCAUUGAAUUAUUGGAUAAAAGCCGCGCAAGAAAAGUACUACGGGAAGGAAAUAAACCUGCUGCAAACCAAACAAACCAUAAAAGGAGGUAAAAGAUUAGGCAGUCUUAACCCCUUUUUGGAUAAGGAAGGGAUCCUGAGAGUGGGAGGCCGACUUCAACAAUCAGCUCUCCCAUACUCCCAAAAACAUCCCAUCAUACUUCCCAAGCAACAUCAGUUAAGCAAAAUGCUCACGGAAAGAGCCCACGUGAACAAUCAACAUGCCGGCAUCGAUUGGAUACAUUUCCAUUUGCGGCAGCAAUAUUGGAUAGAAGCCGGAAGACAAUUGGCAAGAUCGGCGAUCCAUCGAUGUCAUGCAUGCAACAAACAGAACGUGAGGCGAGCCACUCAGAUCAUGGCUAAUUUACCGGAGGGAAGAGUGAACCAAGAACCACCGUUCACGCACGUCGGCGUUGACUAUACUGCGGCAAUUCAAUUAAGAAAAGAUCUCAAGGCAAGGCGCGAAACGACCAUCCCGGGGUAUAUAGUCAUCUUCACGUGUCUUACGACACGAGCCAUACAUGUGGAAGUGGUACUGUCGAACCAUACAGAACAAUUCCUAAUGGCUUUCAAGAGGAUGAUCAACACAAGGGGCAUGCCCAAGUGUAUGUACUCCGACAACGCCAAAACCUUUAAGAGAGCAGAAAAAGAGAUAAAAGAAACAUUGGAGCAUGCGAACAAAUCCAUGACAAUUCUCACGGAAAAGUAUGAAUUUGAUUGGAGAUAUUCGACGGAACUGGCACCGCACACCGGAGGUAUAUGGGAACGGAUGGUGAAGGCGGUAAAGUCACCACUAAUGAAAGUAGUGAAAAACGCAUUGCUAACAUACAUAGAAAUGACCACAAUUUGCAAGGAAAUCGAGGGUCAGGUAAACGACCGACCAUUACACGAGGAAUCGACGGAGUCAUUCGGCGUAAUAACACCUUCCUUGUUAGUAUUAGGAAGGAAAAUACGCCCAUGGCCAGACCGGUUUGACAAGACUGAAUUGCAACAACCCAACGAUUUACGAGAGAGAUGGAAACAUCGUAAAGCAGUAGUAAAUCAGUUCUGGCGAGCUUGGUCGAGUCGAUAUCUUCUACAACAACAACAAAGAAGCAAGUGGCAAGAAAAGAAGCCAGAUGUCAAACAAGGAGAUCUGGUGUUGCUCGAGAAAGAAAAGAUGAAACGUAAUCAGUGGCCGGUGGCGAGAGUAGCAGAAGUGAAAAUGGGAAGAGAUAAUAAAAUCCGAUCCGUCAUUUUAGCACUCCCCCCGCGAGAUACGGAAGGCAGAAUCAAAAGAGGAACGCCAUUACUCAUCACUCGAAGCAUACACAAUAUUUUCCCCCUGGAAGCAACAAGGGAGGGGGAAAUUCCGGAGUUAGAAGAAACACUAUAA